CACCGUCUCCUCGCCUGACUCCUCGUAUCACUGUUGGCUUCUGUAUAACCUGCAGGAAAGCAUUUCUGACCAGACGUGUAAGAUAUGUAACUCAAAGAAAAGGAGUGAAGAAAACAAAAAAAAAGGCGACAAAGAAAAAAAGAGGAAAAUAAGCUAAUUUGCUGAACUGUGGUGACACCACACAGGGACACUCUCAGUAUCUCCAAUUUGAAACAUCUGCACAGGGUUGGCCUCCAGAGACAUGGAUAUCUUCAUGGACGGGGAUUUCAGCGUGAUUGGUAACAUCAGCCAUGACACAGCACGGGAGAGACUAGAAGAAAGCAAAGACCAAGGUCUAAACCACAGUGACCCACUGGACAUGUUUAUAGGCAUGGAGCUCCUUCAGCGUUUCAAACCUCUUUUCCUGCCUCUCUACUGCCUUGUAGUGGUUGUGGCUGGUGUUGGAAACUCCUUCCUGUUGGCUUGCAUCUUGUCUGACAAGAAACUCCACAAUGCCACCAACUUUUUCAUCGGUAAUUUAGCGGCUGGAGACCUGCUGAUGUGUUUGAGUUGUGUUCCACUGACUGUGUCGUACGCCUUCGACAGUCAUGGCUGGGCUUUCGGGAGACCCCUGUGCCACUUGGUCCCCUUGCUGCAAUGUGCCACUGUGUUUGCAUCAGUGCUUUCGCUCACUGCCAUUGCUGUAGAUCGCUACAUUGUUGUAGCUCACCCAGUACGGAGGAGGAUCUCAGUGUGGGGUUGUGGUGCAGUGACUCUCGGUGUCUGGCUUUUAUCUCUGGCCCUGGCUGCGCCUCCUUCUCUCUACACACGCUAUCUGGAUCUGCGACCCAGUGGCAUAGACCUGGUAGUUUGCGAGGAAUUCUGGCCUCAGAGUGGCAAUCUGCGGCUGCUCUACUCCUGCUUCAUCCUCAUAGCCUCCUACAUGAUCCCGCUGCUGUCUGUUAGCGUGUCCUACUGUGCCAUUACUGUCAGCCUAAAAAGCUAUUCAGUACCCGGAGAGCCAUCCAACAGCCAGCAGCGCUGGAGCCAAAGGAGGAAGAAGACCUUUUCUCUGCUGGUGGCGUCAGUGCUGGCUUUCGCCCUGUGCUGGCUGCCCCUGCAGGUGCUGAACCUGUUGCUCGACCUGGACCCAGACUUCCACAUCAUAGGGAAGCGCUACAUAAAUGUCUUACAAGUCUGCUGUCAUUUAGUGGCUAUGAGCUCUGCGUGCUACAACCCCUUCAUCUAUGCCUCGCUGCACAGCAAAGUCCGCAUGCACCUGAAAGGCUACCUCUGCCCUUGUCACAAUCUUCAGAGGGGGAUGGUGGAGAGGGCGACGUCUAGGAGUUGAUUUCAGAUCUCGUCCACUAUUAUACAACUGACCUGCAGAGCGCUGUCUUCACCCACCAGCACUUGCACCCCUGACCCUGAUGUUAAUGCCUGAGGUGUCCAUGAGAAAAUAAGGCUUAAAAUCCAUUUAAGUCAGAUUUCCCUGUGCUUUUACAGCAUUUUUGUGACGUCAAGACAUUCGGUCCUCUCUUGUACAGUGUCCCCACAGGCAGUGUGCUAAAUAAGGCCAUAUAUGACAAACACGCGAAGACACAGAUCCAGACCAGACUGAAGAUUAAGUCAUCUACUGGGAUCCCUGUGUUUUUCUUGGACGGCCGAGCUUCUGGCAUGGAAACUAAGCAGGUCUUGCGGCUUUAAAAAGGCCUGCAGGGGCAUAAACACAGCGUCAGGGGGUUCUGCUGCAAACAUGCUGCUGGAGGCUGAGACCAGGGGUGGCUACACUGGCUGCAGGGCCUGGUUAUACUUAAAUGGAAAAUGCUUGACUUCAGGGAACUGACCGAGCAAUGAACUCUUCUCACCAGACAUGGAUUACAGACCAAGAAGAGGACGUGCAAAAGACACAAUGUGAUUGUUUAAUUUGUCCCUGGUAUUGAAUAUUUGUGCUUUCAGAUUAGUUAUAUAUCGCUUGUAUUGCGUACUACCUACAUGCUAUUAGAUUUAUUAUGUUGUUAUUAUGUUGCCUGCUUUUGUUGUGUCAUUCUAUAGUAGUUGUUCUGUAUGGUUUUGGCUCCAGUGUCUAACUUUGUGUGUCAUCUGUGCACGUGAAUAAAUAUGUUUGUACAUGCAUAUGUAGUGUGCACAGGAUCUGGGUGGAAAGAUUAAUAUGUACUGUAAUGGGAAAUCAAAUCUGCAGCUUUUAUGUCACCUUGAAACCUUUGUUUGUAAAAUGUAAUUAACGCAAAAUUCAUAAAUGUGUUACCUGAUGAACAAAGUCUCAGUGCUUUGGCUCUGUGUGGAAAAAUCGACUGCCACAAUGAUCAACUUGAUAUUCAAAGCAUGAACUCUAAGUGUCACUACCAUUCCCAUUGAGUUCGCAUCAAGCUUUCUUAAUGCCCCUUCUCUGUUUGUCGAAGCCUGGGUAUCAAGUCAAUCUUUGAACGUGCCUCCUGUUAAAAGGCUCUGCAAAGAACCAGCUAAUGUGGUCUAAAUUGCAUUUAAGGCAAAGUUAAUCCUUUUCACUUAGUUACUCAGAGAUCUAUUACUAUUGCUUCUUAUAAUUAAAAAUGAUUAAUUUUUCUACUGUUAACUGGAAGGGUUGCAACAAUGCAUUACUCUCAAUAAAAGUAUCAUAGUGCAGGGCAGAUUGUCCAUUAACAACUCCAACCAGCCCAUUCAAAAAUGUCAAAACACCAUUUUGGUCAGCCAGCUGGCACAAACUGAAAUAAGCUACUCAGUGUAGCUUUAGUGCAAGUUAAUAAGCCCCUGCUCCCCGGCCAGUGCUGCUGAUGCCAACUGUCACCUUUUAACAAUCAGAUUGCUUUGCUCUUUGUUGCUCGGUUGCCUUCUCUUUUCUCUCUAAGUGAACCUUGAGACUGCAUUCAGCUCUACUCAAUUGGAUUUUUGGCCUGAUGCUCUUUCUGAAAGGGUCGGCAAGAGUUAUAGUUUUUUGGUUUGUUUCUUUCUUUCUUUCUUUCUUUCUUAAAAAGGGUAGUCGAGGCUACAUUAAAUGUCUCUC